AUGAAGCAUCAAAAGCUUCUUUUCGGCCUCGGCGCCACUGCCGUCACCGACCAAUCCCACACCGACGUCGCCCCCGCGCUCUGGGACGGAAAGUGCUUCUAUCCCCAAGCCGACGCCGGUUUCAAGCUUGAGACGUACCCCGGACGAUGGUAUCAGCUUGCCGGAACCCUGGCUCGCUUCACGGCCGGAUGCAAGUGCAUCUCGGCGCGCUAUGACAUUAAUGACGAUGGGAGCUUGUACGUCAACAACACUUGCCAGAGAGGGGAUAAGCAGACGUUUAUCGAGGGCAAGGCGGUUGCUGCCGAUGCGGCCUAUGGAAAGGCUGGGGUGCUUCGUGUCCGCUUCCCAGGACAGCCUCCCCUCUCCUGCGAUGGCCCAAACUACAUUGUACAAGAAUAUACUGGCGCUAUUGCCAUUGUCCAGUCGGCAAACUUUUCGAACCUCUUUAUCCUGAGCCGUGAGCAGCACAUUCAAGAGGAAAGCCUCAACACUUGGAUCGAUCGUGCUGUCAAGCUCGGCACACCCCGCCAAGACAUUGUUAAAACCGAUCAAGAGGAUUGCAAAAACGACUUUUGA